CGGAGGAGCGCCGGGGAGCGAGGCGCGCCGGGCUGCGUGGCCGGGGACCGGCGCUGGGCGGCCGCCGGGCGCCGCCGCGUCCCCAGCGCUCCGGCCGGCCCCGCGGGGCGGCCUGCGGGGGCGGCGCAGUUGCGAAACUGACUGACUACACAGACUCUGCCUUUUCCGUGUUUUCGUGGCCAGAGACAUGACCUGACGCCUUGAUGACCAGUCUCAGGGCCCUUGGGUGACUGGCUGGGGCACCAUGGAACUUAAAGUAUGGGUGGACGGAGUUCAGAGGAUUGUUUGUGGGGUCACCGAAGUCACAACUUGCCAGGAAGUUGUCAUAGCCUUAGCUCAAGCGAUAGGUCGAACUGGAAGGUACACGCUUAUAGAAAAAUGGAGAGAUACUGAAAGACACUUAGCACCUCAUGAAAAUCCUAUCAUAUCCUUAAACAAAUGGGGGCAGUACGCUAGUGACGUACAGCUGAUUUUACGUCGAACGGGGCCGUCUCUCAGUGAGCGGCCCACGUCGGAUGGUGUGGCUCGAGUUCCUGAAAGAACUUUAUGCAGGCAGAGUUUGCCCCCCUUAGCUAAACUGAGGCCUCAGAUUGACAAAGCAAUCAAAAGGAGAGAGCCUAAAAGGAAAUCGUUAACAUUUACAGGAGGUGCCAAAGGAUUAAUGGACAUUUUUGGAAAAGGUAAAGAAACUGAAUUUAAGCAAAAGGUGCUGAAUAACUGCAAAACAACAGCAGAUGAGUUAAAGAAGCUGAUCCGUUUGCAGACAGAGAAGCUCCAAUCCAUUGAGAAAGAGCUAGAAUCAAAUGAAAUAGAAAUACGAUUUUGGGAGCAAAAAUAUAAUUCUAGCCUUGAAGAGGAAAUUGUCCGCCUGGAGCAAAAGAUCAAAAGAAACGAUGUAGAAAUUGAAGAGGAAGAAUUUUGGGAAAAUGAAUUACAGAUUGAACAGGAAAAUGAAAAACAGCUGAAAGAUCAACUUCAAGAAAUAAGACAGAAAAUAACAGAAUGUGAGAGCAAAUUAAAGGACUAUUUGGGUCAAAUCCAGACUAUGGAAAGUGGUCUUGAAGCAGAAAAAUUGCAACGGGAAGUUCAAGAGGCACAGGUCAAUGAAGAAGAGGUUAAAGGAAAGAUCGGUAAGGUCAGAGGGGAAAUUGACAUUCAAGGCCAGCAGAGUCUGAGGCUGGAAAAUGGUAUUAAAGCUGUGGAAAGAUCUCUUGGACAAGCCACCAAACGAUUACAGGACAAAGAACAAGAAUUGGAGCAGCUGACCAAGGAGCUGCGGCAAGUCAACCUCCAGCAGUUUAUCCAGCAGACAGGGACGAAAGUCACCGUUUUGCCAGCGGAGCCCAUCGAAGUGGAGGCCUCGCAUGCAGACCUAGAAAGGGAGGCACCAUUCCAGUCGGGGUCUCUGAAGCGACCUGGGUCCUCUCGGCAGCUCCCCAGUAAUCUUCGUAUUCUACAGAAUCCUAUCUCGUCUGGUUUUAAUCCUGAAGGCAUAUAUGUAUAACAUUAUCUGUCUUCAGGGGAGAGACCCAGUAAAGGUACCAAGGACAGUGAAAAUUCCUUCUUUGAUUUUGUGCCAAUGAUGAACAGAGGAUAUAUUUCACAAGCCACCGUAUCUUUUUUCUGUCCUAAAUUGCAUACCACUUGGAGCCAUACCCUGUGCACUGAUGCUAAAGAACAAAGAAACUGUGUUUUCACACAUCCACAGUGUUGAUGCUUUUGUCCAGCAGCUGUAAUGCAAAGCCUUCAUUUUUAUUUGUAGCAUUUUGAGAGCAUUAGGAAGGUAUUAUACUGUGUGUAUACAUAAAUAAAACCGUGACUUCAGAAUGAAGAGAAAUAUGUGACUGGCUUAGUUUAUUUAUUCCAUGUAAUCAAUUAAGGAGUGAAUGUUGAUGUUUUAAUAUUUUUUAUUAAUACUUAUCCUGUGACUGAGUUACAUUGCAUAUUGUGUGAUGAUGACUUUGUGUGCAUGUUGCCAGACUCCACGCGUUGCUGAAUUACAGCUACACAAGUGUCAUGGGGGCUCCGCCAUGGAAACUGACUCCAGAAGAACUGACUUGCAUUUACCUUGUGAACCCAUCCUAGCCACUGCUUAAUUAGGUGAGAUAAUUCAGGUUUUCUUUUUAAUCUGGUGUUUAAUCUUUCCUUUACAAUAUUUCUAGCAUAUGAAUGAACCACAUACAAGAACAGAAAUAUUUUCAUGAAGUAAAUUACAUGUUUAAAAGGUUCGCAGUGCUUCAGACACUGUUGAACAAAAAUGUAAUUGUUGAAUAUCUAUCCAAACAGGCAUGGGGUUUCCUGAUACACUACGUGUUUUGUUUCUGCCCUGCCUCAUUAUUUUAGUCUCGUGGAACCUCAGAGUCGCCAUCAUACAUAAAUUAGAGAUGUCUUUAAAAAAAAAAAAAAAAAAGAGAGAUGUCCAAGGAUAUCUUCAGGCAGGUUGCUUUAAGUGAUAUUUUUUUAUUUUAAAAUAACCCACUUUAUAUGUAUGAUCUAUUGGUGUAAGCACCCAUGGAUAAGUUAUUGCUUGCACAUAAUUUACUGUGUACAUUAUGAACUAUUGCAAUUUUUCCAGUCACUUAAAUAGAAAGUAGAUUGGAGUUAGUUACUUUUUACCAAGGAAAUAAAGUUAAAUUCAGUGUUCGUUUUUAUUAAUUUUCAGCUUGACUUUUGCAGGACAUUAAUCUCCAUUUGUACAUAUAUUUUCUUGUUUAUAAAACCAAAAAUGAGUCAGCACCCCUCCCAUGAGUACUGACUUAACUAAGAUGCACAAGAUCAUCUAGAUGGAUGUGGUCAGAUACUUCUUAGCCAUUUUUACAUUCCCUGUGAUCAGAAUUUGGUACAAUAUAAUUAGGACUUUAAUCUAAAAUUUAAAGUAGUUUUUUAUUCUGAGGAAAACAUAUUGUCUGUAUUAUUUACAUGCAACAAAAUAAAAGUGGAUUAGUAUAUUAAUGCCAUGGUAACAAUAAAAAGGUGUAAGUUAUAUCCUAUGCAUGAGGGCAACUUUUGAUGUUUUAAAUGCAUUUGACUUAUUCUUGGUUUAAUGAAUGCUGAGAAUGCUGCUAUAUUUAGGUUUCCAAUGAAAAUUUUUAAGAAUGGCUAUGACAAUAUAUAGAAGCUUCUAGAGGACUGAAAGUAAUAAUGCAUAGUUGCCUUUUCUAGUCUAGCUAAAUGGCAGACCUCAACUAAAAAUAUAUUCUUUGGGUUCUUGGAAUUAUCGAGUUGACCUUGCCAUUAUAUUGUUUUGCAAAAAAAAACUUGAGAAAUAAAUGAUUCUUAUCUAAUAACCACAAUCUAUACAUUUGCUCUCAGUUUAUAAUAGUUAUUUCAUAUCCAUAUAUAUUUAAAAA